UAAGCACACGAGAGUAGGCCCAGGAUUAGGUUUAGCAGUUACAGCACUGUCGUGUUGUAGCUGUCUUAGCAUCACGUAUACGGUAUAUUUAUGUUGAACUUGGAUUUGGAAACGCAUACGAUUUAGCAAAGUGGAGAUUUCUUUUCUGACACACAGGUUAAGAUGCCACCAUGGCUCAGAGGGUUGGAAGUGGUCAGAGGUGUGGGGUGCCUGCAGUAGUUUUAUGUCUGGUAGCGCUGCUCUGUGCCAACCUGCUUCUUUAUGUCUACCUGGAUGCUCUAUAUGAGGGCACUUCCCCACCUUCAGCACAUAUGCACUGCUCACCAGGCUAUUUUAAGGUGGGCACUAUGAAAAACUGCACCCCGUGGUUGCAGUGUCCUGAAAUCCAUGCCAAUGUUCGUCGGCUCAGACUGAUUGGACAGGGAGCUGUUAAGCAGGUAUACCUCUCAGAGUGGCAGGGGCAAAAAGUAGCCCUGUGUGUCUUGACAUCAGAGCAGUAUAAAGCUGAUUUCCUACAUGGGGUGUCCAUGCUACGUUCCUUGCAGAGUGUGCGUGUGGUAUCAUUAGUGGGGGUGUGUGAAGAAGAUGGAGUGUUUGUUACUGAAUACCACCCGUUGGGAUCAGCACUGACACUUGAUUCUACUCUUGCUCAGGAUCGUUACCGCAGUCAGGACUCGUGGCACGUGCGCCUACGACUGGCACUAGACUAUGUUGUCUUUCUGGUGUUUUUACACAACAGCCCAGUGGGUAAACGUGUCAUGUGCGACUCUAAUGACUUGCAAAAAACACUCAGUCAAUUCUUGUUGACCUCUGACCUGCGGCUUUUGGCAAACGAUCUGGAUGCCCUGCCAUUGGUAGAGCAUGGGGGUCAGGGUAUCAAGUGUGGUCAUCGGCAGCUGAUGGGUGAGUUUGUUGCUCCAGAGCAGCAGUGGCCUUAUGGUGAGGCGGUGCCUUUCUCAGAUGACCUCAUGCCAGGCUACGAUGAAAAAUCAGACAUCUGGAAGAUUCCAGAUGUGACCCGUUUUCUGCUAGGUCAUGUCUCAGGGAGCGAUGUUAUCCAAUUGCACCUCUUUCAGAUCCACGCAGAGUGUAAGAGGCGAAAUCCUAAGCUACGGCCAUCAGCGCAUGAGGUCCUCAGAGUUUAUCGCUCUGUUUAUGACGGCAUGAAGGAAAGUCACACAGAAAGCGUCAGAGACAUGCUGUGAGUUUCAUAUAAUUCGGGUGGUGUGUUGGGAGCAAGUUUUAAAAAAGCAGUCCAGCAUCAGGGAAAGUAGAAGUGCUGAGCAAGGUAGCAGUAUUCAGGACAAUAGGCAAUAAAGGAUGUUAAUGUCUUUAUGUACUGUUUGGUAAAUACUGGACACGUUUAAUAAAGUUACAACCACAUGAA